GCAGCCUGAAGAUCUCAACACCACCGCAUGUCUCUGCAACAACUGUCGAGUAAAGCCAAAGCGCUUUUAGUUUCAAACUUCUACUCAAGAUAAAAACAAGGCUUUUCUUUUUUUUUUUUUACGUUUCUUUGCUGUAAAAGCGCGUAAAGCACGCACACCAGAGCGCACCUCUUGGAGAAGAUGGAUUGUAAGAAAAAGUUGGACGCGACUUCUGCUCCGCAUUGAAUCAGCUCUCCGGGACGGAGAGGUUUGGUAAUGUCGUGCAAACUUUACGUGUUUUAAAAAAGAAAAAGAAAAAACUUUUUUUCUAACUCGGUUCAUGGAGUUUCGCGUCAAGUCCGGAGAGGCUCGUUUGCGCGUUUUGCGUUCAAUGGUGGUGCCAGCUCGGUCAUAGUUUACGGGAAUCAGACUCCAGGCAAAGUUUUCCUCGGACAAAAAGACUUGAGUGAGUGGAAGAGCUUCGGUGUCGAAGUGAAAAGAGACGGCGGUGGAGGCUGUGUCAGAGAUUUGAAGAGUGCCAUGGAGACUUCAGCUCCAACAGCCACUGAGAAGAAGGAGUGUAAGGGUUCUGGUCUGGAUGGAAGCAGCUUUUCAGAACUCCCCAAAAAGCCUUCACCCACUACUCUGACCAGAGGUGCUCACCAUCUCUUCCCCACGUUUCACACGCCCAUCCCGAUCGACAUGAGACACCACGAGGGGCGGUACCAUUACGAGCCACACCCACUCCACGCUAUGCACGGACCUCCAGGACUGACGGGCAGUCCAGUCAUCUCAGAUAUUUCCCUGAUCCGUCUAUCGCCCCAUGCGCCGGCCGGGACGGGUGAGUCACCGUUCAGCCCUCCACACCCUUACGUCAGCCCCCACAUGGAGCACUACCUACGUUCAGUGCAUGGCAGCCCCACCCUCUCCAUGAUCUCAGCAGCACGAGGACUGAGUCCUGCUGAAGUGACCCACGAACACUUGAAGGACCGUGCCUUGUUCAGUCUUCCCCCUCCGCCACCGGGGGCCAACCCCACAGAGUACUACCACCUGAUGGCCAGCGCCAGCCAGCGAAGCCCGUACGGUGACCUCCUGAUGCAGAGCAGUGCAGCGGCGGCAGCAGCGGCGGCGGCUGCAGCUCAUCUACCAGAAUACAUCAGCCCCGUGGAUGUAUCACGUUUCUCAAGCCCACGGCUGACGCCCCGACUGAGCAGGAAGAGGGCGCUAUCCAUCUCUCCGCUGUCAGACGCCAGCAUCGACCUGCAGACCAUGAUCCGCACCUCGCCCAACUCCCUGGUCGCCUACAUCAACAACUCCCGCUCCAGCUCGGCCGCCAGCAGCUCCUAUGGGCACCUUUCAGUCGGAGGGAUCAGCCCCUCGUUCAGCUUCCCUCACCCCAUCAACCCGGUGGCGUACCAGCAGCUGUUGUCCCAGCAGAGAGGUCUGAACGCCUUCGGCCACACGCCUCCUCUCAUUCAACCGUCGCCGUCCUCUUUCUCGGCCCGCCAACACCCCCUGACGGCUUCACCUAUGACCACCUCCCACAACAGCUCCAACUCUGAGGCAAACCAGAACGCUGGCGGAGACCCAGCAGUGAGCAGCACAGUCAACCCACUGACCACCAAGAGGUCAAAGGUUAAAACGGAAGCAGAGGGUCCGCUGCCCAUCUCACCGUCCUCUCAGGACCAUGGUGGAGGGAUCUUAGACCUGAGUGAGGAUCUGGAUAAAGACGAGUGUAAACAGGAGCCUGAGGCCAUAUAUGAGACCAACUGCCACUGGGAGGGCUGUACAAAAGAGUACGACACCCAGGACCAACUCGUUCAUCACAUCAACAACGACCACAUCCACGGUGAGAAGAAGGAGUUUGUGUGUCGCUGGGAGGAGUGUUCACGGGAGCAGAAACCCUUCAAGGCCCAGUACAUGCUGGUGGUCCACAUGAGGAGACACACAGGAGAGAAGCCGCAUAAAUGCACAUUUGAGGGCUGCUCGAAAGCUUACUCUCGCCUGGAGAACCUCAAGACCCACCUCAGGUCCCACACUGGGGAGAAGCCUUAUGUGUGUGAACAUGAAGGCUGCAACAAGGCCUUCUCCAACGCCUCAGAUCGGGCCAAACACCAGAACCGCACACACUCUAACGAGAAACCAUAUGUGUGUAAGAUCCCAGGCUGUACCAAGCGCUACACGGACCCCAGCUCUCUCAGGAAGCACGUUAAGACAGUCCACGGACCCGAAGCCCACGUGACCAAGAAACAACGAAGCGAUGCUCCUCCGAGACUGCAGCCACCAAAAGGCAAUGGAGAGAAUGAGGCGAAUUCCAAGCACGGUGCGAGAGGCGUGGACGGCAAGAUUGAAGCCAACAGCACCUCUAGAGGGGUGGAAGACUGCCUACAAGUCAAAUCUAUCAAGACUGAGAACUCUAUGACGUAUCAGUCCAGUCCUGGUGGCCACUCGUCAUGUAGCAGUGAGCCGUCGCCUCUCAGUAGCGCCAACAACAACGACAGUGGGGUAGAGAUGGCCCUGCACAGCGGGGGCAGCUUCGGGGACCUCAGUGCACAGGAUGAGUGCCCCAUGGUUGACUCCACUGUUUCCGCUGGGGGGCAGCAGGCUGGGGUGGGGCUCCAGUUCAGGAAAGCUGUGAGUCACGGUGGUGCAAUCACCAUCAAGCUGGAGAACAUCAAGAAGGAAAGGCUGAAGACAGUGAGAGACUCCUGUCCCUGGGUCAACUCUGCACCGCAGCUACCGCAGGGCCAACGCAACAGCACGAAGCUGCCUCCCAUACCUGCAGUCGGUUCCCUGCUGGAGACCUCCAACAUGAUGAGUAACUUCAGUAGUUCCUACCCUGGCCAACGUGGCGGCGACCUGUCUUCGUGUGAAGUGACACUGCUAAACCAGUUAAAUGAGCGGCGUGACAGCACCACCAGUACCAUGAGCUCAGCAUACACAUUGAGUCGGCGUUCGUCUGGUAUUUCACCCUGCUAUUCCAGCCGUCGCUCCAGUGAGGCAUCCCAGUUUGGUGCUAACCGUCACAACAAUAUCAGUUCGGCUGACUCCUAUGACCCAAUCUCCACUGAUCUGUCUCGACGCUCCAGUGAGGCCAGCCACUGCGGAGGUGCUGGUGGUGGUAGUGGUGGUGGUGGUGGAGGUCUCCCAAGCCUUCUCAGUCUGACACCAGCUCAGCAUUAUCGGCUCAAGGCAAAGUAUGCUGCUGCCAUUGGUGGAGCUCCACCCACUCCUCUCCCCAAUAUGGAUCGAAUGAGCCUGAGGACCCGCAUGGCUCUCUACGGUGACUCCCAGGAAGGCUCAUCACACCUAUUCCAUCAGCCACCAUCUGGAACUGUGCCCCGGAGAUGUAGUGAUAUCGGAUAUGGCAACCACAGCAUGAUGCCCCAUGAGGUACCCACCAACCUUCCACGUCGUGCCAGUGACCCAGUGCAUCGUCCCACCCUAGACCCUCUCUCUUUUCCUAGGGUCCAGCGCUAUAAUAGCAUGAACAGCAUGAACCCCAUGAAUGGUCCAUCAGAACGCCACCAGACACUGGCUAUGCAGGGCUACACUCGCUCUGAUGGUAGCCUGCAACGCUACCCAUUCGCCCCCAGACCACCUAGCAUUUCUGAGAAUGUUGCCAUGGAGAACAUGGCAGUAGAUGGGAUGAUCAUUGGGGGGGAGCAGAGUGGGGAGGAUGAUAUGGUGCUUCCGGAUGACGUGGUGCAGUACCUCAGAUCCCAGAACACUGGCAACUCAGGUCACAACUCGGGGCAAGCUGACUACCAUUUCAACAACCAGUCUCAGGGCUACCAGACAGGCAUGGCCCCACCAGCGUCAUUUUAUGCACAGAGAAGGAUGGCAAUGGCUGAUGCCACCAUGACUCAGUCUGGUCAGGACAUGCAAUCCUGCCAGAUGGGCCCUGGUGGCUCCCAGCAGCCCUUCUCAGUACCAUCAACCAACAUGAACAAGAAUAAUAUGCCAGUGCAGUGGAACGAGGUGAGCUCGGGGACUGUGGACACCACAGCCAAGCUCUCCAAACAACAGCAGCAUCCUCUCAGGGGGAAUCUAGCUGUUGUUCAGCAGAGGCACAACUUUGGUUCCUUCCAGGCACAGGGUCAAGGCCUUGGCAGCAACCAGCAGGUAGGGCCUAUGAGUCAGAAUAUGUCUAUGCAGGGGUACGCAAACCACAACAGCCAGAGGAUGAUGAACAUCUCCCACCAGCAACAUCAGCAACAGAGGCAAUGCAGCAAUGUGAACUUUAAUGAGCAAAUGAGUCCUCAGCAAGGGUUUGGCCAAGAGGCAAUCCCGAAUUCUAUAUCUGGGAGCACUAGUGUGAGACCUACCCGUAACAGUAUGGCAGACCCAGAACUGCAAAGUUACAAAGCAAGGACACAGGCUGAUGGGUAUUCUCAUGCGAACCAAGUGGAUCAGCAACAAAAUUGCAGUGUUCUCUCCCAACAGCAACAGCAGCAGCACAAUAUUCAUAAUGGAGGCAGAGGAAUGUUACAUCCCAGGCCUCCCACAGAGCCCAAGUCUAGUGCCAGACAACACGCAGGGUUAAGCAUAAUACAACCGAGCCGAAUACCCAAGUCAUCUGAUUUGAGUCCCAGCCUUGGUAAUGACACCUCAGAGGCAAGUCCAAAGAGGCCCAGUGGGUCAGAAGCCCACCAUAGCAACUCUGAGAAUCCCAACUCUGCUGUGUUUUACACAGGUCAGAUUCAUUUGUUUGAGCCAGCUUCUGCCAGCUUUGAUGUCCCCAUGUCCCCCUGUGCCAGCCAGGCUCCAGCCAGUAACAACACUGCUGCAGCUAACAUGGCCUCACCAGGAGUCAACCAGGUCUCCAGCAGUACAGUGGAUUCUUCUACUGGUGGAUCUGGUGGCACAGAGCAUGCCCAGAUUGACUUUGACACCAUGCUAGAUGAUGGGGACCACUCCAGCCUAAUGUCAGGCACCCUGAGUCCUGGCCUUCUGCAGAGCCUCUCCCAGAAUUCCUCACGUCUCACCACCCCUCGCAAUUCUGUCACCCUAGCAUCUGUACCGGCAGGGAUCGGCAACAUGGCCAUCGGUGACAUGAACUCAAUGCUCACAGCCUUGGCUGAAGAAAGCAAGUUCCUCAACAUGAUAAGUUGAGAGCAAUCAAACACCUCAUCAUCCAUCCAAUAUUAACCAUUUCUACAUCAGGAAUAUAUGGACUACACAAGAAAGCACUGAUUGAACAAAGCAAAACUGGCUAUUUCAUACUUUUUUCCCUUCAUUGUCCAUAGUAAUAUGCUUAUCUUGUAAUAUUUGUUUCAGAUUAUAAUAUGUUACAUUAUAAGGUUAGUAGUACAGCUAGGGUUAAGGACAAUUUUCUAUCAUCAUUUGUUAAAAAGCCAUACUUUUUAGCUUCAAAUAUAUGAUAGUCCAGGGUAUAUAAAUGCAUCUACAAACAAUUGCCAUUCAGUAUUUCCCUGUGUAAUAGCCCUUUACAAAGUGGUGCACUGAAAGCAGUUCACAUAGUGCCUUGCUGAGGACAUCAAGGUUGAGCAUCUGAGUACAAUAUGAAAACACACUUACCAGGAAAUGGACAUGAUAUGUAGAUAACAGAUAAUAUUUUUUAUUAUGAAGACCAUGUUUAUAGAUUAUACUGUAUGGUACUUGCUUUAAGUUAUGCUAUAGACUUUUGAUAUUUAAACUAGGGCUGUCAAAGGUAACAUAUGAACACCUACUAUUAAUUCAAAAAGAAUAAUGCAUGAAUGUCUCAAUUUGAAUUUCCAAAAUAUGACAUCAUUAACAUUUUUGUUUGUUUGUUUUUGUGUGUGUGUGUGUGUGUUUUGCUUCAUGCUAACCAUGGGAAUUGCAAAAAUAUAUUCUCAUAGGCUAAGCUACACUUCGCUUUACCUUCUAUGUGUACUAUACAAUAUGUGAGAUAAGUGAAGAGACUUGCAACCUGCCUAACCUGGAACUCCCACUGUAAAAAAAUGUUGUAAAAAGGAAUAAGAAAGGUGCAUUUCUUUAUUUGUGACUAGGUUUAAAACUCUAUCACAUGACUGAGAAGGACAGACACAGCAAUGUAUGUACUUUUUUGCAGGCAAAUUAUGACAGAACUACAGUGUCUUAGCUUUUCAUUUCAUAACCAAUGACAUGCUGGUGCUUAAAGCACUGAAGUUAGUGAACCUAGUCCGAGCCCAACAACAAACCAUGUAUGUAAAAAGUGAUCCAUGCCUAUUAUUAAAAAAAACUGUAAAUAUUAACUCCUAUUGCAGUUUAUAUGUGCACUUAAUUCAAAUCUUUUGCAGCAAGAAAUAAGCAGAAAAGUGCUAUUGUGGUACCAUGUCAUGAGUUUCAAUUACACCUAGGUUUUGGAAUAAAGGAUUAUUUGUUAGUCUGAACAAAUUUUGCUUAUGUUUAACAUGGUGGAAGUGUAUGUUUUUUUUAUGGAAUAUGAUGAAAUUCAAAAUGCAAUUAAUCACAUUUAGACAGAAAUUUGACAGCCCUAGUUUAAACAAGUGGUUGUACAACAUUAUGUUCUACAGAUACUAAGUGCUUGUUGAUCAUGGUCUGAGCUCUUGGGGAUGGCACUGUAAAAUCAAAUUUCCUCCUUUGCCCUCUGGAUCAGAGGCUUUAACUCUCCACGGUCUCAUCUCACAAGGGUAAUUGAUUGAAAAGGACAAGGAUAUGCAUCUGUGUUAGUCUAUCAGGGCACAGGGACCCCAGUGUGUGAUGAGGAGCAUUCUCUAAAAGAAUAUACAAGUACCUCUGUGUGUUCUCAGUAGAGAUCCAACCCUAAUUAACACAUUCAUACCACCCUCCCUCUCCCCCCUUCGCUGCACCCCAUACAUCCCCUGGGCUCUGGAUGAACUGCAGAGAGUCCAGGAGGGGACCCGGACUUUGAUAUCUGAAAUCCUGUUUCGGACAGGAUUGGCAAAAUAGCCCUGCAAAUUCCUCAGUUUUAUUAUGUUUGCUGAAUUUCUAAGUAGCCUUUAAAAUGUUUCUGUGUAUGCUACCAUCCACUUUUACUAUGCUCAGUGUGUGUGGGUUUGUGUGAGUGUGUAUAUAGCUUUUGUACAUUUCAAAUAAACUAUCUCCU